AUGGCUUUGCACAAAUUUUCCAAAAUAAAAUCAUUUCAUGUUGAUUAUUGUGGUUGUACAGCAGCAACAUCACUAUUAAGUGAGCAAUCAAUACGAGAUGCAAUUAAUUUUAUUCGACAAAAUAAACCAAAACGUGAAUUUAUUAAAACAACUGUAUCGGUAUCGAAAGAUGGUGUAAAAAUUAUCUAUGGUAAUGAUCAUAAAUAUUCCACACAUGUGCCAACAUCUAUGAUUGCUGGCUCAACUACAGGAAAAUCUUCUCUGCAUGAUACUGUUGGUGUUGUUUAUAUAUCACCACUUACGGGUCGUCAUUAUCCAGCAUUUAUUCAUAUAUACCGGUGUGAUUCAACGCGUACAGCUCAAAAAUUAUUAUCUCGCCUCCGUGCCUACACUCAUAAUGAAAAGCAUCGCUCGAAAAUUACACAACUUGAACAACAUUUACUUCAUCAAAAUUUACUUAAUCUAGAUCAUUAUGAUAGUUUAAAAUUACAAUCAGAAUCAUCAAAUACGGCAACUUUAAAUUCUGAUAAAACAAAUACAAAUAUUUCAACUUCAUCAACUAAUAGUAGUAGUCGACAAGAUAGAAUAGAUCCGGUUAAAUCAAUUACAGAAGAAUUUCAGAAAAAACUUGAAUCACAAGAACCUCUUCUAUUUCCGCCAAAAGACUAUGAUACAGUACGUGCUAGUCAUGGAAAUAUUCAACGAGCUCAAGCAUGGAAAAGUACAGAGCCGACUAUUGUGGGUUAUACACCGAUUGAUCCAGAUAAUAAUCAAACGCGACGACAAACAUUUUCAAAUUAUAAUUCAGCAAAUCAUUAUUCUAGCACAGAUGAACUUCAAAAAUCAGGACUUAACAAUGGUGAAAUUGAUAAAAAUGGCAGACCACGUUUUGUUACUCAGAGAAGUGACACCACUAUGGAUCCGGUGGAAACAGUCAGUUUAGCUUUUGACUUUCUUAAAGAUGAAACAGGUUCGAUAUUCACUGAGAAUGAUGGCAAUAUUGAACACCUUGACACUGAAAAACAAGAUAAACAACCAAUUUUUCGUUUUCGACCACCACCAAUUACUGCUAUUACGAAAAAACUUUUUACGCGUAAUAACAAUUAUGAACUGUCGAAUAAUUUACCGCAACAAAAUCCAGCAUUGAAAAAUGAAUUAAAUGCAUACUAUCAUAAUGCUCAUUAUCAACAACGACAAAUGCCGUAUGGAAAUCGAACUCGUUCUGAAACAAAUUUAUUGUAUGAACCACAACCUAGAAUGCAUCUUAGUCCUCGUUAUGAAAGUCGUCUUGUCAAUGGAAGCGGUGCACCAAUUUCAACAAAUCCACUUUGGGCAGCUUCAUCUCCAAUAAUGAUCGGUUCACAACCAAACUUGUUGUCAUAUCAAAGUUGCAUCACUCCAGCACCUCACUAUUAUCAGCAGCAACAGCACCAACUUAGUUCACCUCUUGAACAACGAAUUACUUCAGCACCUUUACAACAUCCUCUCUAUGCGAGUUAUCCGAAUAAUAAUGCAGCUAUCAUGACAAGACUACAUGAAAAUCAAAUGAAACGACCAGUAGUAUCAGCACCGCCGCCACCGCCACCACAUUUACAACCAUCACAUCUAAAUAGAAAACAAACAACACAAUCGCAGUUCCUCGAUACAAAUGAAUUUAUUCUACGUGCAUCCGAUGGAUCAUUAAUGAGUAGUUCUCAAUAUUCUAUUCGACCUGUAACAGGUGUAUCACGAAAUCAUAGACCUCAUUCAAUUAAUGUAAAUGACCACGAUAAUUCUAUGCUUGAUGUAUACUAUUGA